GAGGAACCUCCCUUUAUCUUGGAAGGAGCUGGCGCUGUAGCUGGGUGGCACUUCUGACGAAAACGAGCAAAAACCAUUCACCGCCCUGCAUGCACACGAUGGCGGUGAGUCACAUACACGACACUGACUGUGGACAGAGGACUCAUCGUUUUCGUCGGCUGAUGCGCUCCUUUGCUUGUUUGGCUGUCAGGCUUGGCGUCUGUCUGGCGGAUUCCUCUACCUGCUUUCGCUUUGUUGUGUCGUGGGUGUGACCUCUGCAUUCGUCGGCCCACGUGCACAGCCUACUCCUGCACGAGAACGCCUUCUCAGACGCCACAUUGUCAACGCGAGGCCAAGAGACCAGUCAGAUGAUCGGCCCUCGACAGCCCCUUUGACCGAAGGCACUACUGGCAACAAGGCUGUGGUUGCGCCCGAGGCCAUUGCGAAUGCCACUGCGACUGCCCCCCACGGCUACAGCGCUGUGCUGGCGUCGGUGUCCAUCGCGGCAGCGUUCGGCGCCCUGUUCGACCUGUCGUCGAAUCUCGUGGGCAUUCCCAUCUUCGCGAGCCUCGUCUUCUUCCACGAACUGGGUCACUUCAUCGCUGCCAAGAGCUGUGGAGUCGCCGUCGAGGAGUUUGCUGUUGGCUUCGGCCCGAAGCUGGCGAGCUGUAUUGCCGCCUCAAGAGAUGACCCCUACCGCCCUGAUGGAGUGCGGUGGGUGGAGAUCCCUUCUUGGGCGAAGCCGCUGAUAAAUCGCAUCCGCAAUCCCACGCUGCAAGGCACCGAGUUCACGCUGAGGCUUUUGCCGAUUGGAGGCUUUGUGAGGAUGCGACGGGGCUGGGGCCAGACGGCUGACGGGGAGUGGGUGUAUGACAACGACCCGUCGCUAAUCGACAACAAGCCUGCACUGCAGAGGGCCACGGUCAUUAUGGGCGGUGUGGUGGCCAACAUCGUGGUGGCUUGGGCUUGCCUGGUCGGUGGGGUGGCUCUGGGGGGCGUCACGUCCAUUUCGCCGGAACCUGGCGCACAGGUACAGACACAUACACCUGACUUUGCAGGGAUGGGAUCCAUGGAUCUGUCUUUCGUGCUUGUCUGCCCGUCAGGUCGUCAACGUGCGGUGUGCUGGCGACCUUGCCCCCCCCUCGAGCGCUGUUGACGGCCAUCGCUGUCCUGCGGCAGAAGCAGGCCUCAGCCCCGGCGACGUGCUACUGCAAGUGGGUGACUACAAGGUGCCCUCGGCCACGAAGAGCAUGUUCGAUGGCAAGGACAUCAUCACCAAGCACGUCAUCCCUGAGAUUGAGAAAUCCCCCGACCGUCCUCUGAGCCUGCUGGUCUACCGACCUCCCACCGAAGGCCAAGAGAGGCCACCAGCCGUCGGCCCGUCUGAGGGCGGGCCUUCGUUCCCUGUUUUGGGGAGGCCUGGUGGCUCGUCCAUGUCCAGCAGGGAUAUUUUCGAGGUCACAGUUCGGCCUGAGGCCAUGACGCGGACUGUCGACAACCGAGAGGAGCGAUAUGGGUCCAUCGGUGUCGAUCUGAUGCCGAAUGUGGUGUUCAGCUACCGCCGGCCGCAGUCGGCAGUGGAGGUGCUGCAGGAGGGAUCGAAGGAAUUCGCCUUCGCGCUCACCAGCAGCGUCGGGCUGCGUGGGGAGGGUUACUGGCUCGCCUCAAGGGCGGCAACCUUCGACCCCAAGCAGGCAGACAUUCCUCUGGUGAUGGGCCCGGUCGGAAUGGCCAAGCAGGCCGCCGCAGUAGCCCGGUCGGACUCCGCCCGGCUGCUGGCAUACGCGGCGGAGCUGUCCAUCAACCUGGCGCUAUUCAACAGUACGUGUGGGGUGGGAUGGGGGCCGAAUACACGCACCCACCUGUGUGUUUGCGGUUGUAUGCAAUGCAGUGCUGCCCAUCGGUCCUCUGGACGGGGGAAAACUGUCGCAGCUGAUUUCGAUGCAGUUGCUGCGCGUCUCGGAGAGCGAUAUGGACCCGGAGAAGACGCAGAGGUGGGCAUUGGUCGGCGGGGCCGGGAUGCUGCUUUUGUCGGUGGUGGUGCUGGCAUGCGACAUACUCAUGUGACUUGUGACUUACUUUGACCUGGCUUCAAGGAGAGGGAGAGAGGGAGGGAAGGACCAAUAGGUUGGAGGAGGUGCGGGCGGGCGGCUUUUUGAGCGACGAUGAACGCGAAGUAUUUGAUUGCGGGGGGAGGGGAGCUGUCGAGUGAGUGAGUGAGUGAGUGGGUGAGUGGGUGCCGGCGGUUUAGUGUGUAUGUAAUGUGAAUGUGUGUUGUCUGCCGACAUGUAGGGAUACCAGAAAGAAAGCUCAAUGCCGGCCGUGGCAGGGCGUGGCGUGUAGGG